AUGGUCGAGGAGAUGCUCAUUGCUAGAGUUCACGUACAUGUGAAGGUCCUGCAGCGCCACCACCGGGGCUAUCGCGAUAUCGUCGUCCCCAAAGGCCCCGUCGAGGAGGCUGUGGAAGAGGAUCCUAGCGAUGCCGAUGCAUCAGCGAUCCCGAAUUUGCAGGUUACCGAUACCGAAUUGAACGCUCUGCAGUCCCGAUUUCUUGAUGUUCGCAGGACCCCCAUCGACGAAUUCAACCGUUCCCAGCCGCUGCUAACGCUUGCAUUCCCUACCCUCUACCCUGACGGCAAGGCCGACUUCGUGGAGCCUCGUUUACGGAGCAUCACGUUCCAGGACUACCUUGCCCAUGCGAUGAGAUGGCAUGACGGACGUUUCGCCCGCCAUAAGACGUGGCCUUUCGUCGCCCUCAACACGCUGUUACAGGAAGCAAUGGCUGAGCCUGACGAGCCGGAGGCUCAGGUCCUGAUCCAGUCGAUCACGCGCCAAGCCGCAGAGUUGGAAGCAUAUGCCUAUAAUCUAGGCAAGCCCGGCCUUUUCGCUACUGCAAGUGCAGCCGAUUACCACUGGGAAUCCCUAUACCGCCAUAUGCCUCGAUUUGACGAGUGGCAAACAGCUCCUGAGGCGGCGCGGAUGGCUCUAUCCCGGCAACUACUGCGAGACAACGCCCACAUCGCUGCGUACCACUUUCAUAAGCGUUAUGCGCUGUUUAGGGCUAUUGUCUUGAAGCAGAAGUUCAACCUAACGGACUCUUGGGGCCGCUACGAGUGGGGCGAGCGGAACGAUGGCCAGAUUAACCACUACAACCGCUUGCUUACCGUUGCGUGGCUAGCCAAUACAGAUGUUUCGCCUUGCACGAGUCUACAGCAGGUAAUCGAUUACGCGGCCAAAUACUGCUCCAAGUCGGAAAAGAAGAGCGAGUCUUUUGCCCAGAUUGGGAAGGCCCUGAUGCCCCGGGUCAAGGACCACAACCCUUGA